AUGGGGCUUCCAACUAAUAAUAUUAAAAGUAAUAAUAAUAGUAAUAACAAUAACGGUAGUAACAAUAACACUGGUAUUAGUAAAAACCGUAUAUGGAAAAGACGUUCUUUGAUUACAAAUAAAAGAAACAGCAUAUCAGGAAUGACAUAUAAUCUGCGAUCAAAAGUAUCCACUAUACCGAAUACAGGGUCUAUUAAAGUUGGAUUUGUAGGACUUUCCUUUAAGAAAGGUUGGGCUCUUAAGACACAUUAUCCAGCCAUAUUGCAAUUGUCCUCACAAUUCGAAAUUACAGCCUUAUAUAACCCUACUAUUGAUUCCUCCAUUAGUACCAUACGAGAAUUGAAAUUACGGAACGCUACAGCAUUCCCAACCAUUGAAUCAUUUGCUUCAUCGUCAGGUGUGGACAUGAUUGUAAUAAGUAUUGAAAAUAUGAACCAUUAUGAAAUCAUAAUGUCUCUUUUAAAAUAUUCUCAAAAUAAUGCCAAUUUAAAAUAUUUAUUCGUUGAAUGGGGAUUGAAAUGUUCUGAAAAGGAACUUGAAACAAUAUGCGCGGAAACAACUAAAAAUGGAAUUCAAACAAUAAUAUCUUUACAAGGUAGAAAAUCUCCAUAUAUAUUACGUGCAAAGGAAUUAAUUGCACAAGGUUAUAUUGGCGAAAUAAAUUCAAUCGAAGUCGCGGGAAACGGUGGUUGGUAUGGUUAUGAAAGACCACAAAAAUCACCUGCAUAUAUGUUUGAUAUUAAAAAUGGGACAAAUUUAGUUACAACUACUUUUGGACAUACUAUCGACGUCUUACAAUAUAUAACAAGUUCAUAUUUUUCAACGAUAAAUGCAAUGGUGAUUAAUAAUAUUCCAGAACAAGAAUUAGUGGAUGAUUUUGGUAAUAAAAUCGGACAAAAAGCCCCCAAGACAGUCCCGGAUCAUCUUUUAUUCCAGGGAACUCUUUUGAAUGGUAAUGUCCCCGUAUCAUGUAGUAUUAAAGGAGGUAAACCAAUUAAGAAAUUUACGAAAAACUUAGUAAUAGAUAUUCAUGGAACGAAAGGUGAUAUAAAAUUAGAAGGUGACGCAGGUUUCGUCGAAAUUACAAAUCUGGUAUUAUAUUACGGCGGAAUUAAACCAAAUAACAGUCCUAUUUAUAAAACUAGUGAUAGAGAGCCAACGACAGGUGAUUCUGGAAAAGAAACUAUGGAAGUUUAUCAUCUACGGAAUUAUAAUGCAUUAGUAGGAAAUAUUUUCCGACUUUAUCAAUCUAUAGCGGAUUUCCAUUUCAAUACCAAACAAAUAGAAAACUUACCUUCUCAAUUUGCCAUGCAAGAAUUUGAAUUUGAAGGUUUCCCAACUUUAAUGGACGCAUUAUUCUUAGUUAGGCUAAUUGAUAAUGUCUAUAAAAGUAAUGAUUUAGGUUCUACAUUAGAUGUGAGUAAAAUAUAUCAAUAUCCAUAG